AUGAAGUUUGGACAUAAUCUACCCCGGAAUCAGGUCCCCGAAUGGGCGGCGUCCUACAUCAACUACAAGGGCCUCAAGAAGCUCAUCAAGAACGCUGCUGAAGCUUCGAAGGAUGGCUCAGCUCCCGAUCUUGCUGAGUUCUUCUUCUCGCUCGACCGCAACCUCGAAGACGUCGAUAGUUUCUACAACCGCAAAUACGCAGAAAACGCUCGACGAUUACGACUUUUACAUGGCCGUUACGGACGAGUCACACAGUUGCCUGAGGGUAUCGAUAAGGAUGAAGCGCAAGAUCUCAUGGGUGCGCUGCUUGAACUGCGUGGCUCAAUGCGAAAGCUUCAAUGGUAUGGAGAAGUGAACCGUCGAGGAUUUAUCAAAAUCACCAAGAAGCUGGACAAGAAGAUCGAGACCGUCUGCCUCCAAGAACGCUACCUAGCGUCCAAAGUCAACCCGAAGCCGUUCGCGCACAACUUGCCUUUAAACCAGGAUAUGAAGGCAGUCAACGAGUGGUUAUCGGGUCUUAGCGACAUCAAGACAUUCGACGAUACAGGCUCUACUCAUUCCGCUGCCUCCUUAGGCAGAGUUCCAGGUCGCUCGCUACACCUUCCUUCGGGCAUCCUGGACGCUGUGGACACGGCUAUCCGCGGUGACAAAGUCGACGAUCUCAAUGAGCAACUCCGAGAAGUAACCACAAGCAACGGCAUAUCUAGUUCCUCCGUUCAGCAAGUGCUUCUGAACUUCUUGCAACGUGCUAUUUCAUGUCGGGCAAAGUCCUGUAUCCAGAGACUACUAAAGGAUAUCAUCUCACUAGAAGAAGAAGACGACAUCAACAAGCGCAACUGCGUUCAUCGACUUGUCAUUAAUAUCGGUCGUUCGAAGACUGGCGAUACGUUUGGUGCUGAUGGAACCCUUCUUCAGAGCUCGAGCGAGACACGGAACUUCAUAGUGCCUGCCACUGACCCCAAUCGCCAACCUCGCCCUUGUACGACCACCGAAGAGGAGUCAACGCAACUACUCAGCGAAAACGACGAAUCGGUACAGUUACUCAUCUAUCUACUUGACCAGCUCCGUGCUGAGCAGCGCGGCGCGCUCCAAUCUCGUGACUCUUACGGCAGGUUUCCGCUCCAUUAUGCUGCGCAAUAUGGAUUUGUAGUCAUUUGCCAAGUAGUCAUGAAGCACAUGCAGGAAUGGGGUCAGUUCGACGUAGGUGAGGGGAUUGACUCUACUUACUGGCAGGAUGCUGAGGGUAACGCUCCUCUACAUCUUAGCGUGAUGGGCGGACAUCCCCUCACCACCAAAGCCCUCCUCGAUGCAGAAAACUGGCGUGGCACUAAGGAAGAACGGUUUGCAUCUCGAAAAGCCAUCGCGAGAUCAGGAGCAGCCUUGACUCUAGCGACUCGGUCGAACUUUGUAGAAAUCGUCAAGCUCUUGGUUGAAGCCGGUGUGGACGUCAACUACCAGGAUGAAGGCGGUGAGACCGCACUACAUAUGGCAGCACGCUACGGUUUUGACGAGUGCGCCAAAGUACUGUUGAGAGGCUCCAGCAUGAACAAGGCGGAGGUCGAUGUGGCCGAGAAGACAUUUGCUUGGACGCCAUUGUUCAUUGCUUGUGUCGAUGACCAUCUCUCCAUGGUCGAGAUCUUAGCCGCUGCCGGAGCUGAUUUGCAGAAAUGUGAUAACUCUGGCUGGACCGCAAAGGAGCAUGCCGCCCUUCGCGGUCACAUGGAAAUAGCGGCAAGAUUAGCAGAACUUACCCCCACCACAGAGUCACAUCUAGUCGCCCCUACGGAUACGCGGAUCGCUCGAGCAGGCUCGCCUGUUCAAUCGUCGCUUGAUGAGCGAAGAUCCAAGAACCUGAACCGAGACAACAACACUCCUGUUCAGAAGGCGCCUGAGCCUGUCAAAACCUUUGGUCAUCGUUAUCUGACGAAAGAGACGAUGGUUUUGGUCAGCCUCGGUUCUAUGGACAUCAGGAAAGACACACCCGCUGUAAAACUGGAUGACAUCCCUCUUGCCGAUGCGCAUGCGACGCAACUGGACACCGCUUUAUCUGUGGUUGUAAAUGCAUCUGGCGCUAAUGGAGAACCCACGGUGAUCGACUUGCCCAUUCAGGAGAACAUCGCGACUGAGCCUAUCACCUUCAUGACCAGCGAUGUUUCCAAGGUCAAGCUGCUGUUCGAUAUCAUACCAACCUACGCGGGCAAUCAAGAGCGUGUUGUGGGACGAGCAGUGGCACUGCUGUCAACGAUCAAGACCAGUAUUGGAUCUAAGCGUAUAUCACUCCAAGGAGACAUGAAGGUCCCGAUCGUGGCGGCCUCAACGUUGGACGUGAUCGGCACGGUCAACUUCAACUUUUUGAUCAUCACUCCUUUCCACCAUCCAGCUAUGUCUGUUACGGAGCAACAUACUUACUGGAAGAAAAUGGCUGCAACGACCAUGGUCAUUGGCCAUCGCGGUCUUGGAAAGAACACGGCUUCACGCACGUCACUCCAACUUGGCGAAAACACGAUACAGUCAUUCAUUUCCGCUGCCAACUUGGGGGCGGAGUACGUAGAGUUUGACGUUCAAUUGACAAAGGACCACGUGCCGGUCAUCUAUCACGACUUCCUGGUUAGCGAGACUGGUAUCGACGCACCUGUACACACACUCACACUGGAUCAAUUUCUUCACAUCGGCGAGGGUCAGAAGCCACGGUCUUCUCGCACUGGCUCACCAGAAACCGUGCCAGUCCCCAACGGUACGAAUGGCACAGAUGACCGUCCCAACACACGUCGACUACGAUCAUACUCAGUAGACAACUCGAAACAGCGCAACAUUCACACGGAUCGUCAGAACGAGCUGACCGAACGAAUGAAGUACACCCGCGAUUUCAAGAAGAAGGGCUUCAAGGGCAACAGCCGUGGCAAUUCUAUUCAAUCAUCCUUCACAACCCUAGAGCGCAUGUUUGAUGAGUUGCCAGAAUCGGUUGGAUUCAACGUCGAAAUGAAAUACCCGAUGCUUCAUGAAUCUGAAGAAGAGGAGAUGGACCAGUAUGCUGUAGAGCUGAACUCGUUUGUCGACACCGUGCUGGAGAAAGUAUACGACAAGAUGGGCAAGCGAAACAUCAUUUUCUCAUCUUUCAACCCCGACAUCUGCCUGAUGCUGUCAUUCAAGCAACCCUCGAUUCCUGUGCUGUUCCUUACAGACGCCGGAACCUCGCCCGUGGGAGAUGUGCGAGCGGCCAGUCUACAAGAAGCUAUUCGGUUCGCUAGCCGCUGGAACCUACUUGGCGUAGUCAGCGCUGCUACACCUCUGGUCAUGUGUCCGAGGCUGGUCAAGGUGGUGAAGGAAAGCGGUUUAGUAUGCGUUUCGUACGGCAUGCUAAACAACGAUCCAAAGAACGUUUUGCUCCAACGAAACGAAGGUAUCGAUGCCGUCAUCGUAGAUAGCGUCCUCAAAGUUCGCCAAGGACUCCAAGCCCCGAACCAAGAUUCUACCAACGGCGCUGUCAACGGCGCAUCGCUUGUCGUGCCGUCUGAAACAGUGCCAACGAUCAAAGAGGCGAGCGAAGGGCUGCAGAAUGGCGUUGAAGGCAAGAAAGUAGCGCAAGAAGUGGCGUGA